AUGUGUGGCAUAAUAGCCUGUAUCUUGGCUGCUGAGGGCAACGACGUCGCAGCAGAGAUCCACCAAGCGCUCUACUACCUCCAGCAUCGCGGUCAAGAUGCCUGCGGUAUCGCCACUUGCUCAAGCAGAGGCAAAGUCUUCCAAUGUAAAGGUAACGGCCUAGCCAGCAAAGUUUUCCACGAUGGUGAGAGGGUUUCAGAUCUUCCAGGUUACAUGGGACUCGCUCAUCUUCGGUACCCAACAGCCGGCUCGUCAGCCAACUCGGAAGCACAACCUUUUUACGUCAAUUCUCCCUACGGCAUCCUCAUGACACACAACGGCAAUUUGAUCAAUGCUCCCGAGCUCAGGGAAUAUCUCGACCAUGAAGCACAUCGCCAUAUCAACACUGAGUCGGAUAGCGAGCUCAUGCUCAACAUCUUCGCCGAUGAGCUCAAUCAGACCGGCAAAGCUCGAGUCAACCGAGAUGACAUCUUCUCUGCUCUCACACGCAUGUACGAGAAGUGCAAGGGUGGCUUCGCUUGUACUGCCAUGCUUGCCGGUUUCGGCUUGAUCGGGUUCCGUGACAGCUACGGUAUUCGACCAGUUGUACUUGGCGAACGAGCGUCUAUUGACGGCAAAGGCACUGACUAUAUGAUGGCAUCGGAAUCCGUUGCACUCAGCCAGAACGGCUAUGGUAACAUCAAGGACAUCCUACCCGGCCAGGCUGUGAUCAUCGAGCGCGGCAAAGCACCAGUCUUCAAGCAAGUGAGCCCGCAGAUGUCCUAUGCACCUGACAUAUUCGAAUACGUCUACUUCGCACGACCUGAAAGUAUUAUCGACGGCAUCUCUGUAUACCGAUCUCGUCAGCUCAUGGGGUACCGACUGGCCGAGGAGAUUCAGAAGCAGCUUGGCCCAGAGCAGCUCAGAGAAAUCGACGCUGUCAUUCCCAUACCAGAAACGUCUCUGGUCUCUGCCUACGCCGUAAGCAAGCACCUCAAGAAGCCGUACUGCCAAGGCUUCGUCAAAAAUCGCUACAUCUUCCGUACCUUCAUCAUGCCCUCUCAACGUGCUCGCCAACGCGGCGUUCGCGCAAAGCUGAACGCCAUUCCCGUUGAGUUUAAAGACAAGAACGUCCUCCUCGUGGACGACAGCAUUGUGCGCGGCACGACGUCCCGCGAGAUCGUCAACAUGGCAAAGGAGGCUGGAGCGAAGAAGGUGUACUUUAGUAGCUGUGCGCCACCCAUUACUCACGCACACAUCUACGGCAUCGAUCUCGCCUCACCUUCAGAACUCAUCGCGCAUCAUCGAAGCAGCAAGGAUAUUGCAGAACACAUAGGCGCAGAUGGAGUCAUCUACCAGAGCCUCGAAGACCUCAAAUCCGCGUGCGCGCAGGAGAGCCCGCGAGAUCCCACGACACAAAACUUCGAAGUCGGCGUCUUCUGUGGCAAAUACGUCACACCUGUCUCAGAGAAUUAUUUCACUCACCUCGAGCAGAUGCGUGGCGAAGCGCGAAAGCUUAAAGUAAUGGAUAAAGCUCGUGAGGCCGUGGCACGAGGCGACGCCGACGAAGUCCAGUUCCGCAUGGCCUCCAACGGUGUACAAGUCGACGAGACUGGCGAUGUGGUUGCUCGAGAUAGUGGCUCAGAUGGCGAAGCAAGGAUACCGAAGCGACAGAAAGUCGAGAGGAUGCAUGAUGAACAGGCGAACGGGCAUGGUGAAAAGGAGAAGGAUCCCGAGAAGUCGGCGAGGAAGCCAACGCCGGCGCAGGAUGUUUCGCUGUACAACAUCAAUGAUACCUAG